CAUAAAAAAAAAUAACUCUCUCCCUCUCUUUCUCUCUCUCAUAAUUGUCUCACAGAAAUAUAUGAAUGUACAUCUAUAAAUAGGUUGAAGUCCUCAUACCAACUUUCUUCAAAAUGUCUCUCUUGAUGGACUCGACUUCCUCACCUCUUCUCUUAUGUCCUCCUCCAUCAUCAAUGGAGAAUAAUAAUAAAAAUCAAAAUAAAAAAAUUGAUAAUGGAGCAUUAGUAUUCGACUCCAACUCACUCCAAAAACAGUCAAACAUACCAAACCAGUUCGUGUGGCCACACGGGGACUUAGUGGAUACACAAGAAGAGCUGAACGAGCCAGUGAUAGAUUUACAAGGCUUCUUGAGCGGAGACGAGUUGGGUACAGCGAAAGCGGUGGAGUUAGUCAGAAGAGCUUGCUUGAACCAUGGGUUUUUCCAAGUAAUCAACCAUGGCAUCGAUCAAAGCCUCAUCCAAGCAGCACACGACGAAAUGGACUCCAUUUUCAGCUUGCCCUUAGCCAAAAAGCUCAGUAUUCGACGAAAACGUGGCAGCCUUUCAGGCUAUUCUGGUGCUCAUGCAGAUCGAUACACGUCAAAGUUACCAUGGAAAGAGACUUUCUCCUUUGGUUACCAAAAAUGUGACGAAAACGACGACUCCUUACCUGUCGUUGUUAACUACUUCAAGUCAGUCUUGGGGGACGAUUUUCUUCACACUGGGUGGGUCUACCAAAGAUAUUGCAAAGCAAUGAGAGAAUUAUCUCUGGUGAUCAUGGAGCUUUUGGCGAUUAGUUUGGGAAUUGAUAGAUUACACUACAGAAAAUUCUUUGAAGAUAGUGAAUCAACAAUGAGAUGUAACUUCUAUCCUCCUUGCAAUAACUCUGGGCUAACUCUAGGGACUGGGCCUCAUUCUGACCCAACUUCAUUGACCAUUCUUCAUCAAGACCAAGUUGGAGGCCUUGAAGUCUUUGCUAAUAACACGUGGCAGGCUGUAAGGCCUCGCCUUGAUGCCUUAGUCAUCAAUAUCGGCGAUACAUUCAUGGCAUUGUCGAACGGGAGAUACAAGAGCUGCCUCCACCGAGCAGUGGUAAAUAGGUAUAAAAUUCGGAGGUCAUUAGUGUUUUUCGUAAGCCCAAGAGAGGACAAAGUGGUGAGACCCCCAAAAGAUCUGGUUUGCAGAGAAGGGCCAAGGAAAUACCCUGACUUCACAUGGUCAGAUCUGUUGGAGUUCACUCAAAAUCACUACAGAGCUGAUGUUGCUACACUCCAAAGCUUCAUUCACUGGUUACUAUCUUCAAAGCAAGCCCGCUUUUAAUUAAUUAUUCCUUUUGGACUUUUCUUUAUUGCACCUCCAUCAUCCCACCUUAUACGUACUCAUCUUCUCUCUCUCUCUCUCUCCCUCUGUACUAUAUAUCAUAUAUAUCCCUAGUUUCUAUCUUGUAUGUGUAUAUAAAUAUGGAUAUAUUAUAUUAAAUCGAAGUUUGCAAAUUGUCUAACACCUGGGACCCAUACGUGUUUAGUGCGUUUUGGGAUUGUGUAUCAACUUUAAUGCAUAUGGAUUAUGGUGUCAAAA